AUGAAAACAACGGCUCGCGCUCCUGCAAUGUCUACAAUCGAACGGGCAGUUAAGAGUGUCCCGUACCCUCCAAGCCGUAGACUUACAGUUAAUGAUAUAUUCGAAUCCAGAGGAAAACCAAACAUCGAGAAAUUGAAGCAGCAUUUCCUUCUUGAGGGCCGAGUUACUGACGAGGCAGCGCUCAAAAUCAUAAAUGAUGGAGCGGCUCUCCUUCAUGAGGAGGCAAAUGUUUUGGAAAUCGAUGCGCCUGUUACCGUUUGCGGGGAUAUUCACGGACAAUUUUUCGACUUGAUGAAAUUAUUCGAGGUUGGCGGACAUCCCGCGACUACCAGAUAUUUGUUCUUGGGAGACUAUGUUGAUCGCGGGUAUUUCAGCAUCGAGUGCGUGCUGUACCUCUGGGCUCUGAAGAUUCUCCAUCCGACCAACUUCUUCCUCCUUCGAGGCAACCAUGAGUGUCGUCACCUGACAGAGUACUUCACUUUCAAACAAGAAUGCCGAAUAAAGUACAACAACGAGGUGUACAACGCCUGUAUGAACGCGUUCGACUGUCUUCCUCUGGCGGCUCUCAUGAACCAGCAAUUUCUCUGCGUUCACGGUGGCCUCUCCCCCGAAAUCCAGACUCUGGACGACAUUAGGCGGAUUGACCGCUUCAAGGAGCCUCCGGCGUACGGUUCGAUGUGUGACCUCCUGUGGUCUGAUCCUCUGGAAGAUUUCGGCAACGAGCAGAACACCGAUAACUUCUCCCACAACUCUGUCCGCGGCUGCUCCUACUUCUUCAGUUACUCAGCAUGCUGUGAUUUCCUUCAGACAAACAACCUUCUUUCCAUAAUCCGGGCUCAUGAGGCGCAAGACGCAGGGUACCGAAUGUAUCGAAAAAACCAAGCCACCGGAUUUCCAUCCCUCAUCACCAUAUUCAGUGCGCCAAAUUAUCUCGAUGUAUACAACAAUAAGGCCGCAAUUCUGAAGUACGAGAACAAUGUGAUGAAUAUUAGACAAUUCAACUGUUCCUCCCAUCCCUACUGGCUACCUAACUUCAUGGACGUCUUCACAUGGUCGCUACCUUUCGUCGGUGAAAAGGUGACAGAAAUGCUGGUCAACGUGCUGAAGAUCUGUUCAGACGAUGAGUUGCUCUCAGAUGCGGACGACACCUUCGAAGGUGAGUCAGUCCCACAUCUCGUCUACACCGCCCGUCUAUUAUCCACUAUCGCCGUCGUGCCGGUAGCUGCAACGACUCCGCCGACAGCUCAUCGUAUCCUGAACCGAGCCCUGAACAACCAAUCGAUGCUGCCUGCAACACCCGCCUGCUCGAACAUCACCACCCCAGGCCAGGGCAAGUUUGCCCGCGGAACAGUGGCCGCGCGCAAGGAGGUGAUAAGAAAUAAGAUUCGGGCGAUUGGCAAGAUGGCGCGUGUCUUCACUGUCCUUAGGGAAGAGAGUGAGAGCGUGUUGGAGCUGAAGGGUCUGACACCCAAUGGAAUGCUUCCCUUCGGUGCUUUGUCUGGUGGUCGCGAGACCCUCCUCACAGCGUUGUGCGGAGUGGCGCCGAAUCACAAGAUCACCUCAUUUGAGGAGGCAAAGGCGAUCGAUCUAAUCAACGAGCGGAUGCCACCUCGACACGAUUUGGGCUCAAGCAGCUCGGCGAAUUCCUCGCGUACACGCGCCUCAUCCUCCACCUGCUCCUGCUCACAUUACUCCCAAACGCCCGCCUCUGCAUCUGGAAAGCAACAGAAUAGCAGUAGCAGUAACAACAACGGGGAGCGGUCAUCGUCCCAGCAUUACCACCGCCAUCGCAAGUCAUCCACCAACGCACCCGAGAAGAUCGGUGGUGGUGGCGUCGCAGACCAUCACCACCGCUCCUCUGGCCUCUCCACUAACUCCCCCGCCUCCUCCUCUCCCCGAACCUCCAAUGCUGCCGCCACUGCUGCUGCCGUUGCCACCGCCGCCACCUCGUCCACCGCUGUCAGCCGAAGGUUCUUUUGCGUUGGAGGCGAGACUGUUCCUUGUGCUGCCGAGAUUAUAAAGGACAUCCACACACAGACGCCAAAAUACUCUUUCAAAGUGCAACAUUCCAGGCCACUGGCCGAGUAG